GAGCGUCUGUGCGGGCCCGGGAGCGGCGGCAGCGGCCGGAGCCCGGUGAGGCGGCGGCGGAGCUCGGAGGCGGCCCCAGCGCAGGAUUUUUCAUUCCCAAGGAGUGGCCGGAUGGAGGAGGAGGAAAAGCCCCGGAGAUGCCGCACGAGGAGGAGCUGCAAACCCAGCACAGGGAGCUGUGAGGAGCAAAGACCCACCCUGUGCCAGGAGGGCGGCCGGAGAUCCAGCCAGAGCUCAGAGCUGGUGGAGAAGCCUCAUGGAGGGGAGAAGCCCCACAAGUGCUUGGAAUGUGGGAAGGGUUUCAGCUGGAGAUCCAAUCUGAUCCGGCACCAGGUGAUCCACACUGGGGAACGGCCCUAUGAGUGUGGGGAGUGUGGGAACAGCUUCAGCUACAACUCCAGUCUGAUCCAGCACAAGAGGAUCCACACUGGGGAACGGCCCUUUGAGUGUGGGGAAUGUGGGAAGAGCUUCAGCCAGAGCUCCCACCUGAUCCAGCACAAGAGGAUCCACACUGGGGAGAAGCCCUAUGAGUGUGGGGAGUGUGGGAACAGCUUCAGGUGUAGCUCCAGCCUUAGGAAACACCAGAGGAUCCACACUGGGGAGAAGCCCCACAGGUGCUUGGAAUGUGGGAAGGGUUUCAGCCGGAGAUCCCACCUGAUCCAGCACAAGAGGUUCCACACCAGGGAACGGCCCUAUGAGUGUGGGGAGUGUGGGAUGAGCUUCAGCCGGAGCUCCAAUCUGAUCCGGCACAAGAGGAUCCACACUGGGGAAAAGCCCUACGAGUGUGGGGAGUGUGGGAACAGCUUCAGGUGUAGCUCUGGCCUGAGGACACACCAGGUGAUCCACACUGGGGAAAAGCCCUACAAGUGUGGGGAAUGUGGGAAGAGCUUCAGAGACAGCUCCAGUUUGAUCCAGCACCAGGUGAUCCACACUGGGGCACGGCUCUACACCUGCUUGGAAUGUGGGAAGGGCUUUGGAUCAAGCUCCAACUUGAGGAAUCAUCAGCUCAUCCACACCAGGGAGAGGCCCUACGAGUGUCCUGAGUGUGGGAAGAGGUUUCACACCAGCUCUGAUCUCCUCGUGCAUCAGCGGAUUCACAGAGAGGAGAGGCCCUUCCGCUGCCCCGACUGCAGGAAGGGCUUCAAGCACAACUCUGCCCUCACCGUCCAUCGGCGCAUCCACACCGGGGAGAGGCCCUACGAGUGUCCUGAGUGUGGGAAGAGCUUCUCCCAGAGCUCUCACUCAACCAAACACCAACGGAGGCACCACUAAGGCAAGUGCUGCAAGUGCCCCGAGAGCGGGAAGAGCUUCGUGCACUGCUCCAGCUCCAUCCCCCCAUGGGAGGAUCGGCCUUGGAUGAUCCCCAGUGACCCCCGUUGGGCAGAGCCCUGCUGAUCUGUGGUCCUGGUGAUCCAUGUUGGGAAGACACCUGGCUGGGAUGCUCCACAUCUUCCUGGCUCUGUGUGGGCACCAGGAUCAAUGCAGGGGCAGGAACAUCCAUUGGGAGACAGACUGACAUUGGGAAUUCCUUGGGCAGAGCGGAUUUGUUGACUUUCAACCCCAGAAAAUCUUUUGCGUUUAAUCCUAUCGUCUGGUGGCAUCAAGGAAUACUGGAUGGUCGUGGAGGUCUUUACGAACCUCAGGGACUCCACGAUUUUAAUUUCCUAUUGCCCAAGUGUGUCUUGCACAGCCAAAUAGUGAAGAUGAAGUACAGGAACCAAGAUUUUGGAGACAGUGGGGUGGACACCCCUCCAAAAAAGGUUCUUCCCUCCCAGCCAAACACAUGGAUCCUCAGCUGGCACAGACACAGCAAUCCGUUUUGUUUGACCUUGAUUUGUUUUUCAUUUCUCUUCAUCUCUUUAAAAUAUCUAACACUGGGGUAAAAAUAAAGACAUUGAACUGGGACAUGGGUGAGGACAUGGGGGACAUAGA